AUGCAAGCCCUCGGCUGGAUGAGCCUCGCCUUGGCCAUGCUGGCGGCCAUGGCUGUUGCGGAACACACGAGCAACUGGGCCGUCCUGGUAUGCACGUCGCGCUUCUGGUUCAACUAUCGCCAUCUCGCCAACGUUCUGUCCAUGUACCGCACCGUCAAGCGGCUCGGCAUCCCCGACUCGCAAAUCAUCCUCAUGCUACCCGACGACAUGGCGUGCAACCCCCGAAACGCCUUCCCCGGCACCGUCUACAGCAACUCGGACCGCGCCGUCGACCUGUACGGCGACAACAUCGAGGUUGACUACCGCGGCUACGAAGUGACGGUCGAGAAUUUCAUCCGCCUCCUGACGGAUCGCGUCGGCGCCGAGAUGCCUCGCAGCAAGCGUCUCCUGACCGAUGACCGAAGCAACAUCCUCGUCUACAUGACGGGCCACGGCGGCAACGAGUUUCUCAAGUUCCAGGAUGCCGAAGAGAUCGGCGCUUACGAUCUCGCCGACGCGUUCGAGCAGAUGUGGGAGAAGAAAAGAUACCACGAAAUCCUCUUCAUGAUCGACACCUGCCAGGCCAACACCAUGUACAGCAGGCUGUACUCGCCCAACAUCAUCGCGACUGGCUCCUCGGAGCUCGACCAGUCGUCGUACUCGCAUCACGCAGACAACGAUGUUGGCGUCGCCGUCAUUGACCGAUACACGUACUACAAUCUCGAGUUCCUCGAGAACCAAGUGCAGGAUCUGAACAGUGGCAAGACUGUGGGCGACCUGUUUGACAGCUACGACUACGAAAAGAUCCACUCGCACGCGGGAGUCCGCUACGAUCUCUUUCCGGGUGGCGCCGAGGCUGCCCGCAGCCGCCUCAUCACCGACUUUUUCGGCAACAUCCAAAACGUCGAGGUCGAUCGUGCAGGGGGGGACGCUGCGCUGGAGGAACAGAUGCUGGCGCUAAGCAAGACGAUUGCGGCCCUGCGGGAGAAGGCCGGGGAUGGCAGAAACGCGUCCUCGGUCCUCGCCCGUGCACCCGAGACGGCAAGGAAGACCAAGGAGACGAAGGAACAGAAGAAGAUGCAGGGAGCGACCGCCCUCACCACCGACGACUGGUGGACAAAGAAGGUUGUCGGCAUCACCGCGCUGGUCGGUUGCGGACUGCUCUGGGGGCUCGGCUCGUUACUGGAAAGAACCGAGGCUGAGGAUGGGCCCGCUGUUCUGCCCUUCCUCCCUCUGACCAUUGAGGCCAUGGUCAAGGUUCGAGGCCAGGACCAAGGCGCGGCGAUGGAACGGUCCAAGGCCUGCCCGCUGGAAGCGCUCGACUUCCGGUUUCGCCCCUUGGCGCCGCACGCGCUGGCAUGGUCAUGCGAUGCCGAGCUGGCCGUCGCGCUGGAUGACGCCAUUCAUGUCUUUCUGCCCAAGUUUCCGACGAGUGGUACCGAGGAUGUGGACCCGAAGGCGUCGCAGCCUCAGUUCUCCAUGUCGCUUCAGGCGUCGGCGACGUUGCGGCCCGAGCCGUCGAUGAACGCGAAGCUGUGCGAUGUCGCCGGCAUCCGCCUCCCACCAGCCGUCUCCGCUGACGACUUUCGAUUCGCCGGCGUCGGCGACGGGCUCGUAACGGGGUCGGGGGCGGCCAUCGGCCAGGUCGUUCGGGUGGAGUGGUCUCCCAACAGCCUCGGACAGAAUUUACGACCCGUCUUGACGGCGCUCGUCACCAACGGCAGCAUCGUCACGCUCGGCGAGCACAUCGAUACCAGUUCCACCAUGGCUUCGAGCGCUACGGCGCGCUCAUUCAAUAACUGGAAGAUCCUCUGGGGUCUGGGCGCCCGACUCCCCAUCCCUGACUCCACCGACGGCAGCCAGGACGGACUUCGAGAGGUCGAUGACCGCAUCAUGUCCUUUUCCUGGGCCAGAGAGCUCCGGCCUGGCGGUCUCGGGUGGGCACUGCUCGCCUACGUCAACGACUCCAGAGAAGUCGUCAUCGUUCGCGUCCGAUUUCGUUCCCCAACGCUCGACGUAGGAGAAGGAGACGACUUGGCGCCGGAGCCUUUCUGGGAUGUCUGCGAAGUAGCCCGGUUUGAUGGUGCCGGUCCUCACAAGCAGGAUCUUGACUCGGGCGAUCCCGACUUUGUCCCCAACCGCUCGGCCUUUGCUUUGAAAUGGAGCCCGUGGCAUGUGCUGCCGGACUCUUGUACGGCAUCGUUGGCCUACCUUGCGAACAACCACGUGGGAUUCCGCAAGGUCACCAUCGACGGUACAGGAAGUCAAAAUGGCGACCUUCGAGUUCGGGUAGAGCGGACCGAUACGACGUCCAUUUGCAUGCCCCUAUUCCCGGACGCCUUUGUCGAGUGGGAAGACGUGGCAAAGAUCUGGCCGGAUGACGGCGACGGGCGGAUGGCGCGUGGCAUCAUCGCAACCCCCUUCGUUCCCCGACCCUUCCAAGUCGACUUGUGCGCCGAUAUAGGCCCGCCUGCUUCUCGCCACUCCAUCGCAGAAUGCUCGGCGUUGUAUGCUCCUGGCGAUGAGAGUCAGAGUCAGACAUCGACCAAUCCCAUCACAGGCCUCGUCGUUCAUCGGCCCGAAGCUGGCGAGAAGCCGCCGGCGCCGCAGUAUACUCUCGUUCGACUGUCAGCCACAGCUACGAACCAGGACUGGUAUCAGACUAAUCUGCCCGAAGGCGCUACACGCCUCCCUCAGUGGGCCGAGAGGGUGAGACGGGCUGUCGCGCGGGUGGUGACGAGAGCGAGCGCCAUGGAAGGCGUCUACUCGGACGAAUCGGACGAAUCCGAUUCCGAAGGGGAGGUUGCCGACGAUGAAACAGGACUCCUAUCUCGCGUGCAUGUGCAUCGAUUCCGCCUCUGGGGCCUCGCUGCGUCGCCCGGAGACGGAUGCACGGCCGUGCUGGUGACGAGACACAACACACAGCAUGCCUACCGCCGACCGCGAUCGACCAUUCUCUUCGGCUAUCACGACGGUGGUGAUGAUGAGGGGGCAGCGCUGGCCACGCAGGAGCAGAACGGAAACCAAAGGCCGAGCCUGAGAACGACGGAGGAGUUGACGACGGAGGCAAGGCUCUGGGAGGCCCUCUAUGGAGGUCGGGGGGACGUUGACGACGUCCUGCUCAGACGGCGUGAGGGCUGGAGCGAAGACGGAAGCUGGGUCUCGUCAGCACGACGGUCGAGCGCCGUGCAGGAUGCGUUUAAGGACUUGAUCGGCCAGCAACGUUGUGUUUUUUGCGACGCGCCGCUCAACGUGUCGAGGGUCGAGUCGACGUGUGCCAGCGGCCAUUCCUUUGCUACCUGUGCCGCCACCGGUCUACCCAUCACGGCACCGGGUCUCUCUCGUCUCUGCGCUGUCUGCGGUCUGCGAUGCCUCAAGUCCUCUGAGUUGGCCACGGUGGCGAGGAAACAUCUCGGACCCGAAGCCGCCAAGCUCCUCUCCACCAUGCACGUUGCUGGUGAUGUUUGUGGCGGCUGCGGCGGAAAGUUUGUCUCUUGA